AUGGAUAGGAACAUUUGUGUUCUUGUACUUGGCGAUAUUGGUAGGAGCCCUCGUAUGCAGUAUCAUAGCAUAUCGUUAGCCAAGGCUGGAUUGAAAGUCGACCUGGUUGGAUAUGCAGGAACUAAACCUCAUGAUGCUCUAAUCGAUCAAACCAACAUCAAGAUUCAUGCCAUGCAGCCUCCAACAAGUCUAAACGGCCUUCCAGGACUUUUGCGCUACUUGAUGAAAGCCAUUUACCUUGUACUACAACUGUCCAUAUACCUUAUGUUUAGAAUAUCAAAGCCUGAUUUUCUAUUACUUCAGAACCCACCUGCUUUCCCAACGAUAGCUGUUGCUUGGUUUGUUUGUAGACUAAGAGGUAGUAAGUUGGUUAUUGAUUGGCAUAACUACGGAUACACAAUUCUAGGCUUGACGUUAGGGAAACAACAUAUACUUGUACGACUAUCAAAGUGGUAUGAAAGGUUCUUUGGGAGAUUAUCAGAUGCCAAUUUUUGCGUUACCAAUGCUAUGCGCGAUGACUUGCAAAAAAAUUGGUCGAUCAAUAGAGCAUUUACACUGUACGAUCGACCUCCGGCUAUGUUCAAAUCAUUGGAUUUAGAAAGUAAGCAUAAGAUAAUUUCAGUCUUGGCCAACGAAUAUGAAAUAUUUCGAGGCGAUUCUAGCAAUUCACAAGAUACAGCAUUUACUUACAAAGAUGGAGAAACGAUCAAAUAUAAGGCAGAUAGACCAGCUCUUCUUAUCAGUAGUACUAGCUGGACGGAGGAUGAAGACUUUUCUAUACUAUUGAAUGCACUAGAAGGAUACGAAAAUUUGGUUAACAAUUUGCGUAAUAGCAAAAAGUACCCGCGCUUAAUUUGCGUAAUAACAGGUAAAGGCCCACUGAAAGAAUAUUACCAAGAAUUGAUUCAAAAGAAAUCUUUUAAAUGCAUAUCCAUAUGUACCCCUUGGUUGAAAGCAGAAGACUAUCCUAAGAUCUUAGGUGCUGCCGAUUUAGGUGUAUGUCUGCAUAAAUCUUCUUCCGGUUUGGAUCUGCCUAUGAAGGUUGUCGAUAUGUUUGGCUGCGGAUUGCCAGUUUGUGCUAUCAGUUUUGAUUGCUUGCAUGAACUCGUCAAACAUGAAGAAAAUGGAAUGAUAUUUCAAAACGAGCAAGAAUUAUGCCUGCAGAUGCAGGAAUUGUUAAAGGGAUUUCCUGAUCAGCAGCGUAAAAUAGACCUAUUCAGAAAAAAUUUAAAAACUUUUCAGCGUAAGAGAUGGGAAGAAUGCUGGAGGCAAACUGCCUAUCCAGUUUUCUGUAGCUAA